UCCUAAUUCCCAAACUUUGGCAAGUUUAGUGUUGCAUUUUUACUUUACAAAUCUCCCAUUUCUCAUUUUCUCUCCUCCUUGGUACGCACCUCUCCGUCCACCACCCAACCCUUCAAUUUCUCUCACCGUCAAAGGCGGAAAUCCAAAUAAUCUCGAAGAUGUUGAGGGUGGCAGCAAGGCGCCUCUCUUCUCUCUCCUCUUCUUCAUGGCGUUCCGUACUUUCCCACCGUCAUCAAUCUUCUCGUUCCUUCUUCAAUCUCUCACCCCGCUCUUCGUCAACUCCGUUCAAUCAUAUUUCUUCAUCAGAUUGCAGGUCCCCCUUUGGGUUGGCAUUUGGAAGCAUCCGUUCUUUCAGUAAAGAUGUGGCUCCCUUGCCUGACAUAAAAGAUUCAGAAAUAAAAGCUGUGUUCAAGGACUUCAUGGCUGCAGACUGGGGGGAACUCCCACCUUCUCUCAUCAAGGAUGCAUUAAAAGUCUUAUCAGAAGGUUCUGAUGACAAAGUUGGCAAGGAGGCCUUGAAAAGCAUAUUCCGUGCAGCUGAGGCAUCUGAAGAGUUCAUCGGCAGUCUUGAGACCUUCAAAAUGGCAAUUGAUGACCUUGUUGGAAUGAGUGGCGAGAAUGUGAAGCCUCUUCCAGAACACUAUGCUCAGGCUUUGAAGUCAGCUUAUGAUCGCUAUAGUAAGUAUCUGGAUUCAUUUGGACCUGAUGAAGUCUAUCUGAAGAAGAAAGUAGAGUCAGAGUUGGGAAGGAGGAUGAUUCAUUUAAAGAUGAGGUGCGGUGGUCUUGAUUCUCAAUGGGGAAAGGUCACAGUCCUUGGCACUUCUGGAAUAUCCGGUUCAUAUGUUGAGCAAAGAGCACCAUGAUAACAAAAUUUAUGUUGAGGAAUGGAUUGUAUUCAUCCUAGAUAGAAAAUCUCUGUUGGAGCUGCAUAGCAUUUUGAAUAAAGAGCUGAAAGAUUGUCUAGAUGAAAAACUAAGCAUCUUAAACUUGAAGUUUCUUGUCUCAUGUUGCGAUAGAAAUGUUAUUGCGAAUGAAUUUGUAGAAAUUUACCGAUGUAAUUUACAAAGAUCGGUCAUUUCCUUUCUUUUUGAUUUAACAAAAGAGGGUGCAACACUUUCGCGAUUUUCCUUUGAUAUGGAUCAUUUUAUUUUGGUUGUGUGCA